AUGUCCGAUCCGUACCGUGGUCAAUACGACCAACAAGAUCGUCCUGCUCGAAGAGGAAGAGAAGACGAAGGACAAUAUACAACUCGACAUUCAAGAUAUCCCCAACCCAUUCGAGAAUACGAUUCUCCACGAUCGCCUAUUCACUCUCGAGAUCAAGGUCCUAUGUCCCCCCGAAGAGCAAAAGCUUUUCAAGAUCCCACCUUCAGUGAGGAUGAAGAGAACGAUACCGACGACGAGUUGGCGGCCCAAAUUGCCGAGCUUAUGAAGAUGCGAAAGGAAAAAGCUAAAGCUAAAGCUUGUCAAAGAUCCAUAGAUCAACAAGCUAGUCAAGUCAAUGAUAUGGAUCGAAGAUCCAGAAACGAAGGAUCUCAUCGAGGUUACGAAGACUCUCCUAUGGGGCGACAAGCUCAAGGAAGAAGAGGUGAUGAAUUUCACAUGAGUCCUAGAGAAGAAGGAUCUGGCGAUAGACACCACCAUCGUGAUCAGGAUAUCAACGUACCACCUGCAGCACGAGCUCCCGAGUUCGUUAGGUCAGAAAGGUCCAAUCAAGCCAUCGGUAUGGGUCGACCUUAUGGAACCGCCAACGACAAUCCGCUCGAUCCUGUCAACUCCCAAGAUUUCGUGCCCAGAGGACGAGAAGCUGCUGCUCCGGUCAGAGAUGAUUCAUAUAAAUACUAUCAAGGUCAGCGGAUUUCUAGUAACGUCUUCUCCCCUGGAUAUGGCUUUAGACCCUCCGCACCACGGAAUGAUACUCUUCCUGAUCCAGAAGAGCUUGUCGGACCAUAUGGCGCUGUGCACAGAAUCUAUCCUGCCCCUUGCCCUGUUGCUCCGCCAAUAAAUGCUAAUGAUGGAUGGGCAGACGAAAUGACAGCUGCCGAUACUCGUUCUUUGCCUUCCGUUGCUACAGCAAGUGAUCAUCCUGCCCCUUCGGUCUCCUAUAGACAACAACAAGAUCGACCCAUGUCUCCGCCACCUAGCGAUCACGCUUCUGUCCCUGCAGCUCAAGAAGAAGAGGAACAUCAAUGGGAGCCUAAAGAGAGAGAUCGCCCGCCUCACUUAUCAGAACGAGAAAGAAUCGAAUUGCCUCGAGAUGCUCAAGCAGCCGCAGCCCCUACCAAAGGAUCAAUGGUACCAUGGACCGAUGGUGGAGUCCAAUACUCCAAAGAACAUUUCGUCGAGACCGCUAGUGAAGAACCACUACCACCUCCGUCUCAAGGCUCGAUGGUACCUUUCGAAUGUGGUGUGGUAUACAAGCAAGAAAACUUAAAUCAAGAGGGCGCCUCGAUGACGAUGGAUGAACUCCUCGCUUGCUUCGCUAAUCACCGACGACAACCAAGUUACGCACCUCCUAAAGAUGCUUACGGAGGUGGACCACGAGGUGGCGGUGGUGGUUUUAUGCCGCCUAGACAACCGGAUAGUGGCUGGAAUAGAUCUGCUCCUGGUGGAGAAAGACAAGGAUGGGGAUCCAGAGGUGAUCAAGGAAAAGAUGACGGUUUCGGCGAAACCCAAGGAGAAGACGAGUGGGGUACUUCUACCGCUGGGAAAGAAACCAACACCGGAUCUUGGGGUGGUGGUGGUGGCGAUACUGGGUACGGCGCAUACGAAGAGUCAAGAGGUGGUUACGGUGGCGGUGGUGGUGGUGGAAGAAAUUGCUACAAUUGUGGCAAAGAUGGGCAUAUGUCUCGGGAAUGUCCUGGCCCAAGAAAAGCUGGUGGUGGUGGUGGUGGUGGCAAUUGCUUCAACUGUGACAAGCCCGGCCAUCUUUCACGGGAAUGUCCCGAGCCACGAAUCCCUGUGUUCAGAGGCACCUGCCGAGGUUGUGGUAAGGAAGGCCAUAGACAAUCCGAAUGCCCCGAUGGCGGAUAUGGAGGUGGCUAUGGUGAUAGCUACAACCCCGGCGGAGGAGCCGGCUGGGGCGACGGCUCUGGUUUUGACUAUCCCCCUCCUGCUCGUCCCGCUGCCAAUAUUCAUCCUUCCCGUGCCGCUUUAGUCAAUACUUCGACUCAUGGUAACAACAACAACGCCACAGCGCAAGGAAGAAGCGCCGAUCGAGCUCCUAGAGAUGGUCGAGCCAGAGACAAUGGAUAUGGCGGUAGGGACAACAGAGCGGCUACUCCGGCUGAGGCGUCAGGAGAUCCAACUCCAAACCCUUCCAACGACGUUGACGACGAUCACGGUGGAUGGUAG